ACUGUGCUGUUCCCCACCCCCCCAACUUUGACGAGUCGAGAAUGCCCUAUCUGUGCAUGUAGGCUCCCUCGAUAGGCUCGGCAAACUCUUUUCGACAAAAAUCUUUCGACUAACGCGCUCUCGCACGCUUUUGGGUCGCCAAAGCCACGCAAGACUUUACAUCGUAGGCGUAUCUUCUCUCGUUGCGCGGGAGAUCGUAAUGUCUGCUAGACGAGUGACGCCAGCGGGAAAACAGCGCGUCCGGACUGGCUGCUUGACCUGUCGUAGACGCAGAAGAAAAUGCGACGAGCAAAAACCUCGCUGCGAGAAUUGUGAAGCUAAGGGCUUUUCCUGCAGAUAUAAUGCCGACCUGUCGUUUGUAUCGGUCUCUAACCCUAGACCACAACAGUCUAAUGGGUCAUUGAAUGCCACUGUUCAAGCGUACAGCACUAUCACGUUUGUUGUUGAUGAUGAUCCACCCCUGGCAUCAACGCCUCCGGAGAGGGAUGAGGGUAUCCUGUGUCAGCAUCCACCAGCACGAGAAGUUGAGAAUGAUACUGCCACGGCAUUAGACGUGUGUAUCGCUCAAGAGUCUAUUGUUGGACCAGCUCCUCAGCAAGGCAACAACUCAGGAACAACCAGCAUUGCUCCAAUCGAUGUCACAUCAUACCCUGUUAGAUGCCCCCUAGUUCACAGUGAUUCUCUUGAACAAUCGAUGCCGCUCAAUACAAUAAAUCGCCUCAUUAAUGACAGCCGAAGAGCUCCAACGUGCCGCACUCUCAACAACUCUCACAAUAGGACCUACUCAGACUCCACGUUUAGCCGCCGCCUAGUCGACAGACAAGGACUGACUAAUGGCGAUCAAGAAACUGGAUUGUUACGCCAUUUUCGUUACAAUUUAGCCCCUUGGAUAGACGUUGGUGACCCAGAGUGUUUCUUUGGAAUCAAGGUCAUGCUUCUCGCAACGGCAAACAGGUCACUUCUCGCGGCCCUCCUUGCACUUGCCGCUCGUCACAGAUCACUCAUCUAUCCCCAGCAGAAUAGUGAUGACCUCGAGAGUAGCCUGAAGUUUCGAGAGGAGGCCGAGCGUGGUCUUGUAUUCGAAGAUGAUCAUGUAAGCCGUAUUAUAAAAGUACUUUUGAUAUUAGAAGUCUUGUUUUGUUCAAGCCCACUACAGUGGAGGACCCCGCAAUUUCACCAGAUGGGUAUUCGGGAGGGCGUCACGUCUCUUGCAGCUCUAAGAGGAGAACUUAGUGAGCCGUUGUUUUGGCUCCAGUUCAAAAUCGAUCUCGCUGCAUCUAUUGUAAGUGCACAGCCACCGCUCAUGCCUUUACAUUCAUAUCUUCUGAAUGACGGCUCGACGGGGAGGUCGUUCCGAACACUUUCGCAACGGCAAUCCGCAAAAGAGAUUUACCAACACUCUUUGUUUCUAUUGGCCAAUUGUCUAUCCUUAAUUUUUGGUGAUCAAGAACCGUCCUCAUCAAGGCUCUACCAUGCACAAUUGGCAAAUCCUCACUCAUUACGAAAUUCCAAUUUUCCAUCUAGAUGGGCCUCUUUGUGGAGUGAUUGCCAGAAAUGGUACAAUAACCGUCCUGCGGAAGUGCAGCAGAUCUUGGAAAUCCGAGGUGUUGAGGCAGAUCAAAUUGGCACUCACAAUCCCCCUUCGUUCCCAAUCCUCAUAUACACCACACCUCUAGCUCUCGCAUCGAACGCAGCCUAUCACAUUACGUCGCUAUUAAUGCUCGCUCAUAAACCACGGCUCUUGAAGCGUUUGGCUGGUCCCGGGUGCUUCACGUCCCACAUUUGGCAUGCGCAGUCUAUUGCCGGGAUUGCUACAAGCAACGACUCUUUAGAACAAUGGGACCCGAUUCUGGUCGCCGGGCUUCUUUUGAUGGCUAAAGAAAUGACCCAUGAAUCGCAGCAGUUGGUUUUGUUAGACCAGCUUGGAAGAGUCACCUCGAUGAUUGGGAUAAAGCUGGAUCGUGAGAUCGAGGCCCUCAAAUCCGGAUGGAACAUCUCACGGUACGAUCAAGACACACGGUAUCGUCAAGAAACAGUCAUUUGAUACAAGGACUUUAUUAGUUAUGUAUUGCCGUUUAGCCCCUACAGUGGCACUGUCUCCAACAUCACUCGUACGCAAAUGGAAUACUCUGCAUCGCGCCCCUUCUUUGCACACAGAUAGCAGCUGCGGCAUUCGCCUCCUGAACUGCUUUCUCGAUCUCGACAUCGAACUUAUCAAGAGUAGCUCCUGUUGCGACGAACUUUGAAAACGUUGUAGCAAAGUAGCCCACAAACGUGUCUCCGGCCGCCGUUGUAUCUACCACUUUGUCAAUGGCGACACCGCGAACGAAGCCCUGCUUGCCAUUGCUUGUAGAGAAAAAAACACCCUUUGCGCCAAGUGUUAUCAAGACUAUUUUGAUUUUGGCAAUUGUAUGGAAGUACGGGGCAAUUUCUUCCGGCUUCAAGUCUGCCUCAGUUUGGACAGAAACCGGGAAUUUCGGAAUUGAUCCAGUCAUUUGUACAGCUUCGGUUUCGUUCAUGAUGAGGACGGAUGUGUCCACAAGUGCCGUGAGCGGUACACCUUCUGGAAAUACGGGCGCAGGGUUGAAGAUAACGUGAGCAUCGCUUGCAGGUCCAUUGAAAUGUUGCAGAAGAGCCAGCACCGUCAAUCUCGGAAUCUCGCCUUGCAUUACCACGACCCCAACGGGUUGGCUUUGACUCUUGGUUAUUGCGAGGAUCUUGUCAACAUCAUUCAUACCGGAAUGAUUCGCCCCCGGAACGACUAAAAUCCUAUUUUCUCCACCUGCCCCAUUCUCAACGAUGAUUGUGGCUGAACCACAUCGGCCUCAGAAGAGUCAAAUAAUAGGGGUCGUUAGGGCCGACGGCUCCAAUCAUGCUCACAAUUACAUCCUGAUGCGCUUUUGAGACGAACGAAGCUCGACCGCAGGCAACAGCUUGAUUUGCACCUUUCCCUCCUGCAGUAACCAAGAGAGAAGUGGCUGUCAGUGUCUCUCCUGGUUCAGGGCAACGUGGUGUAAAGGUGACGAAGUCGAUGUUAAGGGACCCAACAACGCAUAUAUGAGGAAUAGUUGACAUGUUGGUUAAGUCAAGUCGACACGAUUCGCUCUCAAAUGCGAACCUGGCAAUAAACAAAAUUGAUUAAGAUAUGUGAUGAAAGAAGUGCUUGGAUGAUUGCUGAACAGCGUUGGCACAGCUUCAGUGCCUGAUCCUGGAAGAACAAUGUACAGCCGCGGAAUAGGCUUUGCUAUUAAAGAUUCAAUUUAGUUUCUUGAAAUCCCAGCUGUAACUCGAAUUUUCAAAUUUAAUGCAAAUUUUUGCAACAAUAUUUCGGCUAGAACCUGGACUAUGUACUCUCAAUCUGAUUCCAUUUAUAUGAUCUGAGUGGUUAGAUUUCG